CAAGAAUCGCUUCCCUCCCUUCGUCCCUGAGUGGGCCCUCUCCCCACCAAAACCCUAGCCCAAACCCUAAACCCUGAUCCUCUAUUCCUCUUCUUCUUCAUCUCCGAAACUCUCCUUGUCUUCAUGAACGCUGCCGCCGCUGCAGCGAGCAAUGCAAAAGCUCUGGCGUGGAGCCUCCGGCCCGCACCCGUCCGCACCACCACCGGAUGGCUUGAGAAGAAUGCCACUCCGGCUUUCCUUCCCUCCGUUCCCGUGAUCAGGUUUCCGAUGCCCGUCUUCCACCUCCGCGCUCCCCCCUUCGCCGGCCCUUCAGUCCACCGACUGAAUCUCCCGCACAGGGCCCCCAGGAUUGCUUGUUGCCGUGGUCCUGAAAGCGUUCUCCAGUCGAAGCGCGCGUGGUCCCCGCUCUUGAGACAGGCUCGGGAAUCGUGCUCUGCCGCCUGGUUGCACGGCGAAAGGGCGAGGGGCUUGGCCGAAGGUUUGAGGAAUCGUGAGAAAGGUGGAAUCUUGGAUGGGUCUCGUGAGGAGGAGGAGGAGGUCGUGGAAGGGAAGAGGAAGUCUCAUGAACCACAGCAGCAGCAGUCUGGAAGGGUGAACAACAGAGUGGUGGAGAGGAGGCAGAGAGGUGGAGAGUCUAAUGGUACGCCAGUGGGAAAUCUCGAGCUUUUGAUGAUUCCUGGGGUCGGACCUCGGAAUCUUAGGAAGCUGGUGGAUAACGGUUUCAAUGGUGUUUCCCAACUUAAACAGCUUUACAGGGACAAGUUCUUUGGAAAGUCUAGCGAGAAGAUGGUUGAAUUCUUGCGUAGCUCGGUAGGGAUUAUCCAUAAAAACCAUGCAGAGAGUAUAACUUCUUUCAUCAAGGAGAGUGUGGAUGGAGAGUUGGAAGUGGAAAGCCCUAACUCUGAGAUUAAGCCUAUGCAGAAGAAAAGGCUGACUUUUUGUGUUGAGGGAAACAUUAGUGUAGGAAAGACCACUUUCCUGCAAAGAAUAGCUAAUGAAACACUUGAAUUACGUGAUCUCGUGGAAAUUGUACCAGAGCCUAUCUCGAAGUGGCAGGAUGUCGGUCCUGACCACUUCAAUAUACUGGAUGCUUUCUAUGCUGAACCACAGAGGUAUGCCUACACCUUUCAAAAUUAUGUGUUUGUAACAAGGGUCAUGCAGGAAAGACAGUCCGCUGCUGGAAUCAAACCCCUAAGACUCAUGGAAAGGAGUGUUUUCAGUGAUCAAAUGGUUUUUGUCCGAGCUGUUCAUGAAGCCAAGUGGAUGAAUGAAAUGGAAAUUAGCAUCUAUAACUCAUGGUUUGAUCCUGUUGUAUCUUGUCUGCCGGGACUUAUCCCUGAUGGAUUCAUUUACCUUAGAGCUAGCCCUGAUACUUGUCACAAGAGAAUGAUGCUACGUAAGAGGGCAGAGGAAGGUGGUGUUAGCCUUGAUUAUCUUAGGGACUUGCAUGAAAAACAUGAGAGCUGGCUAUUUCCCUUUCAAAGUGGAAAUCAUGGUGUACUGUCAGUUAGUCAGUUACCCAUGCAUGUGGACAGCUCCUUACAUCCUGAUAUAAGAGAGCGUGUAUUCUAUUUAGAAGGCAACCAUAUGCAUUCGAGUAUUCAGAAGGUUCCUGCUCUGGUGUUGGAUUGUGAGCCCAACAUUGACUUUAGCAAAGAUAUUGAAGCAAAAAGGCAGUAUGCUCACCAGGUUGCUGAAUUCUUUGAGUAUGUGAAAAGAAAGAAAGCAGAGGCCUCUCCUGAAGCUGGUUCCGAUGGGAAGAAUACGACUCAGCAGAUAUUGACUCCCCGUGAAGGUAGUUUGUGGAUUCCCGGAGGUGGCCAUAUUUCUGAGUCAGCUCUGAAAUCUCUCGAUUUAAGGAGAGCCAUGUCGUUCACGUCGAGCUAACUCCCAUAUCACAAGUUCUGCCAAGUUUUGUCACUGAUAUGCUCGUGCUUCCGGUGAGUGAGAUGAAGGCUGCCAAGUUUAUUGCGCUUUCCCGGUGCUGUUUGACCCAUAUAGAGCAAGCUUUGUAUAUACACCGUACUGUACUAACGUGUGCUCGUGUGUGUUGGAAUGAACCGUUUUGUUCCAUGGGCUGCAUGUCCUACGGAAUUGUCUCAAGUUGAUUUGAUUUUGGGCCAACUGCUCGAGUCUAGCGGCCUUUGCUUGUAAUGGGCCCGAUAGACUUGGUGCUAGCUUGCCUUGCUGUUCACCUAUUGUCUGUCAAAAAUUCUAUAUACCCUUGUAUAGAGUACGAAACUAAUCUAUCCGUUUAUCGUUUAUC